CCGCCUCUCCUGCCUCCUGGUUCAAAAGCAGCCACGCCAAAAGAGGCCUCCAGAGAGCCCUGAGAUCAUCUCAAAAGCUGCUACAAGGACAGCCACCAAGAUCCUUCCAAAAUGAAGCACUUCCUCUUCUUCCUCCUCACCAUCAGCCUCCUGGUUAUGGUACAGAUACAAACUGGAGUGUUGGGAAACAACGCCACCAGCCAGAACAGCAGCCCUGCCCCAUCAUCAGCCAGCAACAUAAGCGGAGGCGGUUUCCUUUUCUUCGUGGCCAGCACCCUCAUCCACCUCUUCUGUUUCAGUUGAGGUGACACGUCUCGGCCUUAGCCCUGUGACCCCUGAAACAGCUGCCAUCAGCAACGUGCAAGAGAAUCCCCUUUCAUCCUUGGGAGGGAUUGAUGCCAGACAUCACCAGGUUGUGGAAAUUGACAGGCAGUGCCAUGGGGGCAACGGCCAAAAUGGGGGGGUACUAAUGUAGGGGCCAAGUACCACCCAGCUGGAGAUCAAUAAAGUUACCCUUGUACUUGCA